AUGUACAUAUCAGGGCAAUCUCCGUCCGCUCGGUACUGGUCGUUCAUCAGCCCCAGACGCAAAAUCCCACAGCUUGCCACGGCCACCGUUCCAGUGCAAGUGUUCUUCAUCGCAGCUCACACCGCCACCCAUCCAGUCCAGGACACUCGGCUCAGGCAGCACGGGAUCUCAGACUCACGCACGGUGCCAGCACCUAGUUCCGACUCCGAUCGACACAAGCACGCUCCAGAUCAGGGUCCGUGUACAACGACAUCAACGCCCACAACGCCUUUUUCGUUUUCCGCCGGAGUUCCCACACCCAUGCACCACACGGCGACGCCACGCCUGCCCUCGAUCGGCGCGAUGCUGGGCACCGUACUCAACGACACCGACGCGGAGCCGCGCGCGGACGCAGCUCGCGCGUGGCCGCCGGUGCCGGCCUACUAUCCCUUCCACCCGGUGGCAGCCGGCCUGCCUACUCCACGUGCCAGCACCGCGGACAUCCGCGGCAUCGGAUGCUUUACUCCCCUGGCGCCGCUGCUAGCUCCGCUCACAUACAAUCACGUGCCCGCGGCCUCCAAGAAGCGUCUGUCUGCCUCGGCCACAGGGCACACUCCCUCGCCCCAGUCCACGUCUCCGUCCAGUCCUUCCAGCGACUUUGGCGGGCGUCACGAGGCCGCGUUAAGCUCUGGUUCGCUGGGCGCCGCCCACGCCACUUCGGCCGCGGGCAACCCGUCUGGCCCGUUGAAAUGCGUGUGCCGGAACAACACCAAGGUGGGACACCACAUCCCAAGACCGCGCAACGCGUUCAUUCUGUUCCGACAGCACACGCACCAGCGGCUCUUUGCCAAGGGCGCCGGUGACGGCCCGCCGGCCGUGGCGAGUACGCCCUCCGCGAGUACACCGCCCUCCAGCGAGUCUCCGGCAGCGGAAGUGUCCUUCAAGACCAACUCCCAAAUAUCACGUGAAAUUGGCCAGCGCUGGCGGGAACUGGGGGACGAAGACCGCAAGUACUGGCACGGCCUCGCGCUCCAGGAGAAAGAGCUACAUCGCCAGCGCUACCCAGACUACAAGUACAUUCCACGCAAGAGUCGCACCGGCAGGAGACAGCGUAAGGAUGGCUGCGAGUUCUGCAAGCAGCACCGCCAGGCGUAA